AUGGUGCAUAGUCCAAGAUCUCUGUCUGGCCCGAAAAAUAGACAUCUCUAUAAUAAGGCCAAGCAUGAGAUUUCUGAACCCAGCAAUGGAAGGAACGACAAAGUGGGCCCCCCACAGCUUGAAGCCCCAAAAACAACAGCCCAAAUAUCCGCCCAGCCUAAAGCCCCUGCCCUGGAGGCAGAGCUUAACCGGGCCCGGGCCCACAUCAACGAGCUGGAGUCAAAACACCCGUCCUCCAAGAAGAAGCUGGAGCAGUUUCUAAGGAUUGGAAAAGCACGAGAUAAUGAGGUUUUGCUAAGCCCACAGGAUUUGUGUGGUCAGUGGAGUUCAACCGAUUUCGGUGACCAUAAUGUGAAUCGUGCAAUGAAAGGGUGCAUCCAGUGGACGAGAGGAGCGCAGAAGAGUAGUCUCAAAGCUCGGUUCUUGGAAGCUAGGAUGAGGAGUCAGAAGGUCCUGUUGCGCCAGCCAGAAAAUGUUCUAAAACUUGUAGUAUUCUACAAGAGGUUCACUGUAAAUAAGAGGAGUAAAACAUGA